UAUAAUUGAAGAGGAAAUAGCACAUCAAAACAACAUUGUCAAGUAAUAGAAUCUCCUACGAAUAGAGACAAUUCUUUGUUAACAAGUUUCUAUUCGAGCAAAUUAAAAACGAUCCCACAUCGAACAUUAAACUUUAUAAUCGUAGCAACAUAAAACGUUUAAAAAGCUAAUAAAUAGGCACAUCUAAUAUUGAUCAGUACUCAUUCCUUUGAGCAGUUCUAGGAGCUACAAACAUGCUUUUGUUCAGCUUCUUAAGUUUUUUGUUUUCUUGUUUAAUGUUUCUAAUUAACAACAGUGAGGGCCAAAAUUUUGGACCUUUUCAAUUAGCUAAACCAUUAGGAAAACAACCUGCUCUCACUUACGACGUUUCAUUACCCCAAGUACCUCAAAAUGAUCAGUUCAGUAUUUGGGAGACUUUCCAGCCCUUCAAAAAACAGAUUAUACCACAAGGUGAAAUAUGGUACCCUGAAGGACAGAUUCCUCAACAAAACAAAGGAUUUAUGGCAAAUGUCUAUAGAGGGAUUAUAAAUUUCUUGCUAAGCUUUAUUCCAGCCCCAAUUCGGUAUUUCUUAGGAUGGUAUUAACGCAAUAAAAAUAUGCCAUAUUUAUUGACAAUAAAGAAAUUUAAUUUAUUAAUUCACUUUUUACUUAAAACAAAACCAUUAAUUAUUAUUAUUUAAUAAAUCGACUAUUUGC